UUCUGACCGCAUCUAUCACCUGUUACAGCACAUUUGUUAUUUGAAAUUUGUUGAUGUUGCAGCGCUUUUCAAAGCAAAUAAAAAGUGUUUUUCUAACAAAACGCAAUGACAACUGUACGAAAAAUCUGUGUGAACCUGAACAUGCCGCGAAUAAGAGAUAUUCGUGUAUUUUCAAGCGUUUCCAGCGCUGGAUUGGUGCCAAAACCAUAUCUACCAGACAGUGUUAUGAAAAAGACAAAGGAGAGAAUAGCCCGUCAUCCUUCUUUUUUAGCUGAUACAUUAGAAGGUGAAUGGAGUGACAUAUGGCCCCUACCAAACCAGUUUAACCCAUAUCUUGUACCCUUACCAUUACGGAUGGGUCACACUCAGAAAUUCUGUGUUUCCCCGGAUAAAUACACGAGUGUUGAAUUAUUGAAAGUUCAGAAUUUCCUCCAUCUUACACCACCUGCAAUAAAGAAGCAUUGUGCUGCUUUAAAAAAGUUUUGCACUCCAUUUCCAAAAGAACUGGAAACUCAACAGGAUUGUGAACGAGAGUUUCCUGUUGAAACUCACACAGUUGAUUAUGUGGCUGCUGGAAAAACACCUCGUAACCCUGCAGCAAGAGUUGUAACUAAAACGAUACGUCUCAGUAAUCUUGUAUUGGACCACCAUGCUCGGCUAAAGUUGACCCAGCUGGCAGGUAAAGAACGUUACAACAGAUCAAAUGAUAUUUUGACAAUCAAAGUGGAUAGGUGCCCAGUUAAAAAGCAAAACAAAGACUUUGCAGACUACUUGUUGACAGCCCUGUACUUUGAAUCCUGGAAAACCGAACCCUGGGAAAGCAAAGAACACACAAGCCACUCUGAUGGUUAUUAUUGGUGGGAAGAUAGUGCAUCAUACCAAAACGUGAAAAACUUAUCUUUGUCAUGGGACUCACCUACAGUGGAAAAGUACAGGGAGUCUGUGAGAGAACUCAAACUUGAACCUGAGCCUGAAAAACUGGGAAUUCUAACAGAGGAGAGAAAAGAAGCAGUUUCAAAUUAUAAAGACUCUGUUAUUAAAUUGUUAAACUUGCCGGUUUUAGCGUGAAUUGGUGUCAUGUGUUUUAACUAAAAUAUAUAUGCUGUAUUUUUCAGUAGGCAAACAACUAAAUUAUACUUAAUCAUAAAUAUUUGUUUGCACUUUAAAAGGUUUAACUUAUAGUAUAUCUUUCUAAUCUGACCAUAUCAUUUUCAAUCGAAUAUCAUAUGCAUUGUUUUCACUGGUAUUUCACGCAGCUAACUUGGCAAAAUGUAAAAUUUUAUUUUCUUCUUUUAG